AUGACGAUGACUGGAAGGACGAAGCACAUUCUACACUGCAUUUUACUUUUCACAGUAAUUGCUGUAGCUGAAAUUUUCACUUUUGCUCUUCGAUUAGGGAACAACAGACUAGAAGAAUUUGAUCCAUGGGAUAGGUAUGGAUAUGUUGGAACUUUCGUGCUGUACUUGUUACGUAUCCUGACCUUCCUUCCACUACCGCAGGUGCUUUUCAACUUCGCAGGACUCAUACUUUAUAAUACUUUCCCUGAUAAAGUGACACUUAAGGAUUCAACAAUAUUACCUCCAUUCAUCUGCAUCCGAAUAGUGACAAGGGGAGAUUAUCCUGAAUUAGUUCGUGUAAAUGUUGCUCGUAACAUGACCUGUUGCACUGAGGCUGGUCUAGAAAACUUUCUGAUUGAGGUUGUGACGGAUAAAGCUCUUGGUUUGAUAGCGCAUGAGAGUGUUAGAGAGGUUGUGGUUCCUCCAUCUUACAGACCAAAGAGUGGGGCUCUGUUUAAGGCCCGAGCACUUCAAUAUUCUUUGGAGGAUGGUGUGAACAUUCUAGCUGACACCGACUGGAUUGUGCAUCUUGAUGAGGAGACGUUACUGACUGAAAACUCUGUUACGGGAAUCAUCAAUUUUGUAUUGGAUGGAAAACAUCAUUUUGGACAAGGUCUCAUCACUUACGCCAAUGAAGACGUAGUGAACUGGAUUACAACACUUGCUGAUAGUUUCCGAGUGGCUGAUGACAUGGGAAAGCUACGAUUUCAGUUCUCCGUGUUCCACAAACCACUGUUCGGCUGGAAAGGAUCCUAUAUUGUGGCUCAGGUGGGAGCUGAAAGACGAGUGUCUUUUGACAAUGGGAUGGACGGAUCGAUUGCAGAGGACUGUUACUUUGCGAUGAAGGCCUUUACAGAGGGUUACUCGUUCAACUUCGUGGAGGGCGAGAUGUGGGAGAAGUCACCUUUCUCUCUUCGUGACUUUGUUCAGCAAAGGAAGCGAUGGUUACAGGGCAUCCUGCUCGUCGUGCACUCAAAAGCUAUUCCUCUCCGAUACAAGUUUCUCCUCGGCAUCUCCUGCUACUCCUGGGUCACCAUGCCCUUUUCUACGUCGAAUAUUGUCUUGGCUGCACUCUGCCCCAUACCUUGUCCACUUCUCAUGGACUUUGUCUGUGUAUUCAUUGGUGCUGUCACUAUCUACAUGUAUGUUUUCGGAGUCUUGAAAUCAUUCUCUCGUCAUCGAUUUGGUAUGCUUGGAGUCAUCUUAUGUGUAUGUGGAGCAGUGUGUAUUAUCCCCUUCAAUAUACUUACUGAAAAUGUGGCGGUUAUAUGGGGACUUUGUAGUCGCAAACAUCGGUUUCACGUGGUAAACAAGGAGAAUAAACCGGCUAUAGAAAAAUAUAACGCCUCCAAUUUAUGCUGAGAAACAUCACAGAAGCCAAGCCAGCCUGCUGUAAACUGUAAGAACAAGUGACCGUUGUCCAGAAGAAGGUCAUAACUUAUGGUGUAUUGUUUCUAUUCCAGCAAGUUACUUCGUCCACUAAUUUCAACAGAAAGAAAAAUGGAAAUAGACCACACCUUACCAUAGUAA